AAUUGGGGCGGCUUUCCAAGUUGAUGGUUUUCGGCUGUCUCUUUGGGCUGUUAGCUCCACCGACUGUGCGCAGAGACCCGGUCCCCCGAGCGCCAUCCCACAGACGCGGAGGUUUCCAGCGGAGACCGUGGUCUCCCUCCUUGCUUCCCCUUGCAGCGCACUCCAAGGUCUAAGGACUCUCCACGCUUCUCCAUCAGGUGGAGCCGUCCGCUCCUCGCCGCCUCCCCCCUCCCUCCUCGAGAGCGAACUGCGCGCAGGCCACCUUGCAGCGCCAGGAGGUUAACCGAGCCCCCGGAGGAGGUGAGGCCACGAGCUGGCCGGGCGGAGAUGGCGGGGUCGCCGUCGGGGCUGGCGCCAGAGCCCGGCCGGCUGUGGGUCCUGCAGCUUCUGUGAAAGGAGCCCUUCUGUCACUCGUCACUCGUUCGCUCGCUCGCUGUGGGAGGAGCCCGCCGGAGGAAGCCGUGUGCCUGGGAUGCCAAGAGCCAGAGAAUGGAUCUGCUCCGAGUGGGGACAUUGCUGAGGAUCCCGGCUUCCCGAGGCAGUUAAAAACAGGCAAUUUGUCUCAGCUGGCUGCAGAAACCCGGAGACACAAAGAGACGGAAACCACCCGAAGGGACCGACGGGUGGACAGACAGAUGGUCGGCACGAAUCGGAGAGGACCGGCGUUGGAGGCUGAGCACCGCGAGCCGCCGAGGAAGAGAAACUAACUACACCCCCAAGUUGCCCGCCGGCUCUCCCUUGCUGUGCUGAGGAAUGAAACCUUUCCAGCUCGAUUUGCUCUUCCUUUGCUUCUUCCUUUUCAGUCAAGAGCUGGGCCUCCAGAAGAGAGGAUGCUGUCUGGUGCUGGGCUAUAUGGCCAAGGACAAGUUUCGGAGAAUGAAUGAAGGCCAAGUCUACUCCUUCAGCCAGCAACCCCAAGACCAAGUGGUGGUAUCCGGACAGCCAGUGACGCUGCUGUGCGCCAUCCCAGAAUACGAUGGCUUCGUUCUGUGGAUCAAAGACGGCUUGGCUCUGGGUGUAGGCAGAGACCUCUCAAGUUACCCCCAGUACCUGGUGGUGGGGAACCACCUGUCAGGGGAACACCACCUGAAGAUCCUGCGGGCAGAACUGCAAGAUGAUGCUGUGUACGAAUGCCAGGCCAUCCAGGCUGCCAUCCGGUCCCGCCCCGCACGCCUCACCGUCCUGGUGCCACCUGAUGACCCCGUGAUCCUAGGGGGGCCUGUGAUCAGCCUGCGGGCAGGGGACCCCCUCAACCUCACCUGCCAUGCAGACAACGCCAAGCCUGCCGCCUCCAUCAUCUGGCUGCGAAAGGGAGAAGUCAUCAACGGGGCCACCUACUCCAAGACCCUGCUUCGAGAUGGCAAGCGUGAGAGCAUCGUCAGCACCCUCUUCAUCUCCCCUGGUGAUGUAGAGAAUGGACAGAGUAUCGUGUGCCGUGCCACCAACAAAGCCAUCCCUGGGGGGAAGGAGACUUCAGUCACCAUCGACAUCCAGCACCCCCCACUUGUCAACCUGUCAGUGGAACCGCAGCCGGUGCUGGAGGACAACGUCGUCACAUUCCACUGCUCUGCAAAGGCCAACCCAGCUGUCACCCAGUACAGAUGGGCCAAGCGGGGCCAGAUCAUCAAGGAGGCCUCUGGGGAGGUGUAUAGAACCACCGUGGACUACACGUACUUCUCAGAGCCUGUGUCCUGCGAGGUGACCAAUGCCCUGGGCAGCACCAACCUCAGCCGCACGGUGGACGUCUAUUUUGGACCCAGGAUGACCACAGAGCCCCAGUCCCUGCUCGUGGAUCUGGGCUCUGAUGCAGUCUUCAGCUGCGCCUGGAUUGGCAACCCGUCCCUCACCAUCGUAUGGAUGAAGCGGGGCUCUGGCGUGGUUCUCAGCAACGAGAAGACCCUGACACUCAAAUCUGUCCGCCAGGAGGAUGCUGGGAAGUAUGUGUGCCGGGCUGUGGUGCCCCGGGUAGGAGCUGGGGAGCGCGAGGUGACCCUGACUGUCAAUGGACCCCCCAUCAUCUCCAGCACCCAGACCCAGCACGCCCUCCACGGUGAGAAAGGCCAGAUCAAAUGCUUCAUCCGGAGCACACCGCCACCAGACAGAAUAGCCUGGUCCUGGAAGGAGAAUGUGCUGGAGUCGGGGACGUCUGGGCGCUACACAGUGGAGACGGUCAGCACGGAGGAGGGUGUCAUCUCCACCCUGACCAUCAGCAACAUUGUCCGGGCGGACUUCCAAACCAUCUAUAACUGCACCGCCUGGAACAGCUUUGGCUCUGACACCGAGAUCAUCCGGCUCAAGGAGCAAGGUUCGGAAAUGAAGUCGGGAGCCGGGCUGGAAGCAGAGUCUGUGCCGAUGGCCGUCAUCAUCGGGGUGGCCGUAGGAGCUGGUGUGGCCUUCCUCGUCCUAAUGGCAACCAUUGUGGCCUUCUGCUGUGCCCGUUCCCAGAGAAGUACGGGAGGGAGACCCGGGAUCUCAGGGAGGGGGACAGAGAAAAAGGCCAGGCUUAGACUUCCCCGGAGAGCAAACCUGAAAGGUGUUGUGUCAGCCAAAAACGAUAUCCGAGUGGAGAUUGUCCACAAGGAGCCUGCCUCCGGUCGGGAGGCGGAAGAGCACUCCACCAUCAAGCAGCUGAUGAUGGAACGGGGUGAAUUCCAACAAGACUCGGUACUGAAGCAGCUGGAAGUCCUCAAAGAAGAGGAAAAGGAGUUUCAGAACCUGAAGGACCCCACUAAUGGCUACUACAGUGUCAACACCUUCAAAGAGCACCACUCGACCCCGACCAUCUCCCUGUCCAGCUGCCAGCCGGACCUGCGCCCCGCAGGCAAGCAGCGUGUGCCCACGGGCAUGUCCUUCACCAACAUCUACAGCACCCUGAGCGGCCAGAGCCGCCUCUACGACUACGGGCAGAGGUUCGUGCUGGGAAUGGGCAGCUCCUCCAUCGAGCUUUGUGAGCGGGAGUUCCAGAGGGGCUCCCUCAGCGAUAGCAGUUCCUUCCUGGACACACAGUGUGACAGCAGCGUCAGCAGCAGCGGCAAGCAGGACGGCUACGUGCAGUUUGACAAGGCCAGCAAGGCCUCCGCCUCCUCUUCCCACCACUCCCAGUCCUCUUCCCAGAACUCCGACCCCAGUCGACCCCUGCAGCGGCGGAUGCAGACUCACGUCUGAGGAUCACACACCGUGGGCGGGGACAGGCCAGGGAAGAGGGCAGGGCAUGUUCUGGUUCUCCAGGGACUAGGGCUACUUUGCAGAGGACCCCGGAACUGGACACCUCCAGGAUGACCUUUGAGCACCUCUGCCAACACCUUCCUGUGAAACUCUGAUCAAGCACAAAUCUGGGUCCCCAGCAGCAGCCUGCCAGAGGCAGCAGGUGGGGAAAUGGAUGGAGGAUGCAGCUGAUGUGCUUGGUGCUAGACACCUUUGUCCCCAGCCCUUUCCUGGAGGCCCCUCUACCACCUCCUCCCACAGGCACUAGUGGCAGCUAUAAAUUUGCUUUCAUGAAACUGCCGUCCACUCUCUGGUGUCCCCUGGGAUUUCCCCCUUGCUGCCCAUAAGCCCUCCCUGUGCCUGUGCUCCUAUACAGCCCUGGGGAGAAAAGGGGAGUUCUUCUCGGCACCAAGCUGCUCCAGAGACCGCAGCAACCCGCACUGCUCCCAGCCCACGCCUCAGAGACUUGAGAAGCCAGAAAUGGCCCUGGCCAAAAGAGCACACCACCUGGGAACCUGGCUCCAAUUUGUUUGGUGUUUUGUGUCCAUACUCUUGCAACUCUGUCCUUGGACUUGAUGCCUCUGAACUCGGAGGUGGGACUGGCCCAAUCAGAGCCUGGUGUCCUGUUGGGGGGGAAGACUGUGAAGCCUGGGGAAUACCGUACCCCUCUCCAGACUGCGGGAUUCAGAGCCUCCCCUGCCCCCUGCUUUAUGUACUCCCCACCUCCCCACAGCACAAUCAGAAUUAAUAUAAGGAGUGAGAGUUGGUCUGGUCAGGGUUCUUUGAACAGUCAAUGGAGAGUGUUUCCUGGGUGGUGUUGGUUUGAGGGGGCUGGAGAUCAGGUCCCGAAGAGGAUGAGACUCUCCUUCUCUGCUGAUGAACACCAGGAACAAAGAUCCUGUCUCCAGUAAGACUCCAUGGGCAAGAGGGAAAGUUCAUCUGCGCCUCUCCUCUCCCCCCAUUCACCAUCUGAAAAUAAAUGUUAGGGCCAUUACCCUAGCAAAUCCA